CUUUAACGUGCAAAAGGCGUGUCACAUUCCUGUUAUUCUUAGUUAGCCUCCUCUCUUAAAUCUGCUUCUAGUUGGGGCAAGUGGAGCUUGGCGGUAAAUACUAGAAGUUUCUUUGAUUAUAACUUGUCAAAGCACAGGCUUGAAGCGAAAGCUCAUCAAGUUUUUUUGAUUAAAAAUUUUCCUUCACUAAAGCAACUUGGCUUUUCCUCAGUGAGGGAUAGGAAAAAAAACUAUUACACUUUAUAACUUGAGCACGCUAGUCAUCGGAUUUUUCAACAAUUAAAAAAUGACAAAAAACAGUCGAAAACUGCUUUUUGAGAAGUUUCUCUUGUUUGCGCUCAUAAUAUGCGCAGUCGUGAAUGCCAACUCCAUGUCUGGCUCAGUCAGCUGGCGCCCAACAGGAAAGAGGUCAUUGAACCCCUUUGGUCACGUGAUCACAAGUGGGAGUUCCAGAGUGAUGGAGGAGAGCAGUGAAAUUGAGCCACAAUUGACAAGUGGUUUUCGGAUUGUGCCACCAAUGAAGUUGAAUUUCGAACUGCAGAAUUCUGGACCGGAAAAGACAUCUGAGCUAUUUCUGACGAAGUGGCGGCAACUUCUGGGUCAAUUUUUGCUGCAUAUAGAGCAGAGGUCAUCAACUGUAGACGUCCCGCCUACAGAUGUCAGAAACUGGUGAAAACUACACCGAAUACUCAAUGAGUGAACAGUACUGGUGGAAGAGAGACUAUCCAGUGAACUCAAGACAACAAAAAACGCGCUAUCAGUGACGCGCUAUCUACACACGACAGGAAGGAAGUCAAAAAAUAAUCGAAAUAUGAUCUGUUUUAUUGUUUUGUUUAAACAAAACGUGCUAUUAUGUUAAAAUGAUUUUUGCCUUGAACAAGAGAGCUCAUGAAAUUUGACCUUAAAGAGAUAAAAAAGCCGAAAUGAA